AGACGCUCUUCGCGACGAAAUUGACAAGAUACGUCAGCUGCGUUUUUUCGAGCAGAGACAUAAAAAAUUGCAAGAUUAAAGUAGCUUCACGGCGUGAUGAAGGCGAAAGGGCGAUAAUGAUCUUCGAACGGUCGACGAUUGUUCUCGAUAUCGCAAAAUCGAAAUACAAAGGUUAAACCCGAGAGGAAACGCGAAACUUUCACGCGAGAAUGUCUGCUGACCUGCUACCGGAAUGGGUGAAUUUGUAUCUCGACGACUUCGAGGCCAGCCUCUGCCUGCCUAUUCUCGUGGUUAUGGUGCUCUGCACCGCGCAAUUCGUAUUUAAUCACGUCUUCGGUAUCGGAUAUAUGAUCUAUCAGAGCGUGAGGAAGCCGGCGACGGAAGAGGAGGAGCAGGAUAAAACUGAUAUGAUGGGAAAACUGAAAGGUCUAAUGUCAAGCAUAUAUACCCUACGCGCCUCUCGAAAUAGCACACACAAUACGUAAUUUGUUACAUAUUCAAGACCUACUUCGUUCCUGCGGACUCGUUAAGUCCUCGUGAAUAUUAAAAAAAUUUCAUAGAUAUUUCACAAAACAAAAAGUUCGAUCGACAAAGAUCUCAUUUACGACGGCAUUCUAUGCUAAAUAACUUGUAACUUUAAGAGGUCGACGUGUUAUUGCGCGGUCGAUAAUUCAUAAUUUUUAUCUAAUGCAGGAGUUUGUUGAUUAAUACAAAUCUCUGUUCUAAACUCGCCAGGAAUGCUGACCGCUCUAGGUAUCGGAAAGCCCGAUACGACGACUAGGAUUCCGAUUAAAAAUCCACACUCACCAGGUUACGAUACUCGAUCUCGAGAGGAAGAAUGGGAUUAUUGCGAGGAGGAUAUUGAAUGAGAUAACGGGACGUUUCUAUAUGCC